UCGAUGCGGCCACGCUGUUAGGAUUGUUAUUACUCACCUACACGUGUUGUUAUUGAACAUUAAAAUGGGAUUUGCUCGAGGUCGUGUUGGUGCCGGAAGGGGUUUCCGCGGCGGCAACAGUGGAUCCAAUUUUAAGUCUACUAGCAGUGGAUUCAACAAGGGAUUUCGGGGCGGUCGUAAUGGAUUUGAUAAUGGUCCACCUGAAAGAGUAAUUCCCCUUGGAAACUUUAUUUACUCUUGCCAAAAUGAUUUAGUAUGCAAAGUAGAAAUUCAGGAUGUACCAUAUUUUAACGCUCCAAUUUACCUUGAAAACAAGGAGCAAAUUGGAAAAAUUGAUGAAAUUUUUGGUACAGUUCGCGAUUAUUCGGUCUCCAUAAAAUUGUCUGAGAAUGUUGUUGCAAACAGUUUCAAACUAAAUCAAGCUUUGUUUAUCGACCCUGGAAAGCUUUUACCGAUAGCUAGAUUCUUACCUAACCCACGGCCACCAAAGGGACAGAAGAAAAAAUCUCUAAAUCGUGCAACAAAUAAUUCUGGACAAAAAAACUUUUCGUUUCGAGGGGCAUCAGGUGGACGCGGUGGGCGUAAUAGCUUUGGAAAUGGCGGGUUCAGAGGGAAUGGCCGAGGAAAAGGAAGGGGUAAUUCCGGUGGAAACAAUCGAGGACGUUGGUAAAAUUAAAUUUUUCUAUCAUACAAUAAAAGCAAAAAAAAUAAAACUCCCAUUUUUAUAAAAGAAA